AUGUUUGCGCGGGAGAAAUUGCGCCCUUUGUGAGCACACGUCUCUAUGUGAACAAGACACGUUUAAUCACACGCCGAAAUCGGUAAAGGAGCUUUCGCAAUUUCUGCUUCCGUCUCAAGAGUAAAUUUUUCAAGGUUUUUUUGAUGUUAGAAAUUUUCAACUUCAUAACUUUUUGGAGCAAAUCAUCGAUAAUCAUCAUGAGAAAUUGAAAUAAUAGCUUUUUCUAAUGAAUUCGCGUUUUCAGAAAUUAGCUAACGUGGUUAUAAACGUUUUUUUUUUGUCCAGUUUAUAAGGUACUAAUAGGGAGCACUGUUUGAAAAGUAAAAAUCAUCUUUUUUCGAAAAUAAGAAGUUAUUUUCUUCAGUCGAAAAUGCUGAACCUGCAAAAAAGAAUUAACGGCGAAGAUGACGACAGGCAGUAUCUUCAAACGCGAAUCGCUAUCCGCGAACGACUUCUAGCUCAAGGUUUGAUAGACUUCAGUAAAGAAAAAGUUUACUUAUUUUCAAAGCUUCAAACUGAAAGAGAAUUGAAGGAUUUCAUUUUUUCAGAACUAAAAGACCUAGAAGUGAAUUUGAAAAAUCAAAAUCAAUGUCGGUUAUCGAUUCCUUCGACUUCACAAAGACACGAGCUCGAAUUACUCGUCACGCCCCAGGUACAUACCUUCUUCGACAAUGAUCGAGAAUCAUUUUUUCAGGAAGGAAUUUACCGCGGUGGCAGAUUUCGGUUCUCGAUUUCAGUUCCGCCAGAGUACAAUAACGUGGUGACCGUUUUGUUUUGCUUAUAUCUAAUUAUGCACAAAUUAAAAUGGAAAAAGAACCUGAGAAAUUUGAAUCAUCGUAAAAAAAAAAUGCGGGCAGCUUUCAGCAGAGUGGAAAUUCUUUCAUUUUCUAGGAGGUGCUGACCAUAUGCCCAAUAUUCAAAAUUAAUGAAGUUGAUCAUCGUCAGACUUAUUCAGAGUCUAGAAUUUUCUCAAAAGAAAUUUUUUCCGAAAGUUUGAAAAACACUAAUGUGCCUCGAUGAGCUGCUCUACACUUCCUCACACACAAGUUUUUUGCACCUCCUUUUUUUUCCAAAGUUUCGUAAUAAAAAUGUUAGAAUAAUUCUAAAUAUACUAUAUAAUGAGUUUUUUGAUAUAUAAAACACUCGUUUUCAGCCACCAAAUGUGAAGUGCCUGACCAGAGUUUGGCAUCCAAAUAUCAACGAGGAAGGCAGCAUUUGUCUGUCAAUUUUGCGCCAAAAUUCGCUCGACGCUUUUGGCUGGCGGCCAACUCGUAACUUGACCGAGGUCUGCUCUCUAUGAAUAGAACUUUCUUCUAACCGGUAAAAAAGCAGCUUACGAUCAAAAAAAAAAAAUGAAACUCAGGUGAAAAAAAUUUGAAAUGAUGAAAAGGUGCAUCAACAAAAAAUUCACAAUCUCAGAGGACUCCACCCCAGACAGAAAAUUUUUCACAAACCCUUGCGAAAAUCUUUGCAACUUGAGUUAUUUUUUAUGAUCAGAAAAACGUGUUGAAUCAGACGGUUGAAGUCAGUUACAGACUGUCCAACAACCUUGACGAAAAAAAAAAAUCAUUUUAUCCGCUUCUAUGUUUUGUCAACCUUUUUUAUUGUCUUUCCAGUCAUUUUUAUUGAAAGUUAGCCCAGAUCCUCUACUGUUUCUGAUUCUCACAGGAAGACUUACACAUUGUAAAGUUCAAUUUGUCGAAAGUUUCAGAGAACAGAAUUUGAAAGGAAUAAUUUCAGGUGGUCCACGGCCUGACAUCAUUGUUCACCGACUUGAUCGACUUCGACGAUGCUCUUAACAUACAGGUCUUUUUUUACAGUUGCAUCAGAACCGAGAUAAGUUCCUUGGAACCAUUUUUUUCAUUUUGUUGCGAGCUCCAUCCCGGUACUCAAGAAAGUGUAGCUUCAUUCUCAAAGUUUCAGGCAAGCUUUGAAACAUUAACUGAUCUCCGAGGGCUAGUAAUAUUUGCUACAACUUCAAAAUUUGCAACUGUCAGAAAUGUUUCAGGCGGCUCAGCAGUGGUCGCAGAACCGCGAGGCUUUCUCCCACCGCGCCCGCGAGUAUAUCCAACGCUACUGUUAA